CAGAUCUGCUCCCUCACUGCAGAAUAAUAAUUGCAGCCGUUUAUUCCAGAAAGUGGUAAAUUAAAAUAAAUUUGGUGUGUGGAAUGUCCUGCUGCAUUCCCGGUUGCAGCAACCGGCACGUCCAAUGGACAACCCCGCUUCCACGGGAUGAAUUGCUGCUUUCCCGGUGGAAUGCGGCUAUCCGUGCCGGUACCGGACGGUCGCUCGUCGAAGCCCAGAUCUGCAAUGCGCAUUUCGCCGGCAUCGAUGUAUCUCAGCAGCAGCAUCAACAGCAAGAGCAGCACCCAAAUCAGACCGAAUACCAGGAACCGACGCUGUUUUGCAGAAACAAUGCCCAACUGCAGGUGGCGUGGUGCCGGCUCUGUCUCCGUCACGACUCCGUGGACAGCAUGUUCGAAGUCAACGAACGGCCACCCAACGUGGGUCAGCCGCUCUCCUGGAUGGCCAACAAACACUUCGGCGUAUGGUUGCACUCCGAGCAGCCUUCAGAGCGACAAUACUUUUGCGAAAAGUGCAAAGUUCGGCUGGAAGCGACCCACGGCUUCUGGCAGGAAAUACAGGAAGCGGCGGAGCAGUACCAAAAACUUCGGCAGAAGAUGUCCGUCGAGAAGUUGACAUUCCAGAAGCUUGAACCAAACGAUCGGGUAGCGGUCCAGGAGCUUGAUCGUUCCAAACUAGAGGAUCCUGUCGUUGAGGAAGAAUCGCAUCUCAUCACUCCACAAGUACAUGAAUUUCCAUCGAUAACUGACGACGAACUGGAGUUAGAAGUUCCACCUGCGAAGAAACGAAUACUCUCCAAUAAUAGUCAGUCCGCAGUCAAGAUGUUCGCCGUUGUUGAGUUCAUCGGAACUCCGAUACUCAAAGUGGUGGCCGUCCCAACGGCAUGGCUCAAAGACGACCUGCUGAUGUGGCCCAAACUGGUGAACGGCGAAAUGAUCGACAAAAUGCGCCAGGAUGGGUUUCAACUGGAUGACACCGUAGAAUCGGAGGACGUCUCGGUAAUUGUCCUUCAGAAGUUUGAACAAUUCCAAUCGGCAGAAGCGGCUGCUCAGGCCGUUUCGAAGCGUAGAAAUCCUGAACCCACCACAGGGCCCUCCAUCAACGCGGUGCCAGUGGUUCCUAAAGAAACUCUUACCUACAAGGCAUUUCGAAACGAAAUCCACGGUCUCAAGCGCGAUCUGAACACGCUAGUUCAGACGGCCGUGGAAGCUGCAGCUGAACGGAGCUUCCGAACGAACUUGAAUCGCUUUUCGUCCGUCUUUGGCGUACAGAGUAGUACCCCCAGCAAUUCAGCACAACCGGAUCAACCUCGCUCGGCGGAACCGGAAACCGGAACGGCGGAGAAACACAAGAAGAUCAGCAACGAACACGAACUGGACGAGUGGAACACUCAGCUGGCCGAUGCAUCGCUCUGUCAGAAAUAUUUGGAAUACUUUGCAAAAAUAAUCUUUCCCAAUUCGUGUCUGGGCAAGGGCGAUAAUGCCUUGUACACGAUCGUUGACUAUCUGUUCACGCGGGACUUUUGGAACCACUUCACGUGGACCGGGAUCAGCCGGGGUCAGAAAUCGGACCGUGGAUUCCGAGAGUUUGGCAACGUGACCCACCUGCUGUUGAACAUCGUUCGACUCGGCGAUUACACGUACGAUGCGCGCAAGUUGGAAGCUUUCUGUCGCACCCGGUUGUUCCGGUACUGUAAGGCUCGGUCCGCCCGGCAACAGAUCCGGCGGUCGUCUUGUCGGCCUCGCAGGAAGAGGCUACCAGGUGAGCCUAGACGCACGGCCAGUAGCAGUAGAGCGCAAAUGGACAAUUCCGUCACCGACGAUGCCGAGCAGAGUAUGAUUUGCAAAGUGGAAGUCGAUUCGGAUGAAGCGUGGCGACAGUCGGAGGACACCAAUCCCGAUCAGAACUCGGAUAGCAUGAUGUGAAUCGGUUGGAGUCCAGGUGAGUAGGUACCAAGCUAUUCUAGGAAACAUUGACGAAGAAUAUAAGCUAAUGUGGGCAAGUA